UUGUAUCUGAUUGGUCGAGCUGUUGCUCAGCGGUAUUAUGUUUGUUAACGCAACUGUCAACCAAGUAUGAUAGCUUUGAUUCAGUGAUCACAUUUAUAAAGGAAACUCGAUGUAAGGGAUGAAGAAUAAAAAGGUGAAACCCUCAAAGGGGCUAAGCAACAGAAAAAAAGCACUGAGUGAUGUGUCUCCAUCCACGAGUAUUCCUCCUCUAGUGGAGGGUCAGCUGAGAUGUUUCCUCAGGGUGACAGUUAGUAAAGUGUUGUGGACAGUCAUAAAACCUCCUCCCGUGACUCUGAUCCGACUGAGAUGGUGGGGUGAAUCUUCUAACGGCACCUUUUUCAGGCCCAGAGAUGGACACAUUGAACCGAAGGGGGUUCAAUCUACAGCCCGCUUUCCUGUCCGAUGUGGACCAAAGCAGCUGACGUCUUAUUUGACAGAUAUGGGCUCAUUGGUGCUGGAUGUUCUGACAAAGGUUGAUCAUUUGCCUAUAGCUCGAGCUCAGAUUCCUGGGAUUGCUCGACUCUCUUUGUCUCACUCCAUAAAUGGAUAUUUCACACUUGUUUCACCGACAUCAGAGAAACUUGGAGAACUUCAGGUCACACUUGCCCUAGAACCAUUGACUGACGUAUAUGACAGUAGCAGCUCAGUACCUACGACUGAUAUAAGCCUUGAUGCUCAGGCUGAUCAGAACAUGCCCGUGGUUUCAUCUCUGGAUCAUCCUCUCCACAUUAACACUGGAAAGGAGAAAACUGGAAGAAGCUCUGCCCACAUACCCAGAGGAAAAGAUCAUCUGUAUUUUCAAGAAAGCAGUAACAUGAUGUCAACGUGUGUAACUAGAAACCCUACAUCUGCUCAAGCUCUUCCAACAAACAGCCAUACAUCUGUUGACGUCUUGUCAGUUCUCCUGGAACGUGGCAGCAAGCUCAGAAAUGCUAUGGUGGUUUCAGCCUUAAAGUCUGAUGUAGAGUCAGAUGUUCCUAUAAAGGACAUUCCUCCUCCUCUGCUCAGAGACAACGCUGAAGCUCUACCCCUGAGGCCUUCAUCAGGACAGUUUCUGGAGAACAUCCUGCAAACAGAACUCCAGCAUUCUUUGCUUGAGGAGCCAAGUCAACAUAGAGUCAACACAGAGGACAUGGCCGUUGAUCUGCUUCUGGGAAGUGUUAAUGGAUCAGUGCUGCAGUUCUGGAAUGGAGAAGGUUCUCCUCCAGAGUCUCUUUCUGAUCACAGCAGUGUGUUGAUGGACAGUGAGCUCAAUGAUCCUCAGUACGAUCAGAGUCUUCUGGAGCAUCUCUUUUAUAAACCUCCGAUAUCAGAUGAGUGUUUGAAUGAGGAUGAGAAGACUGGUACUGAGAAGAAGCCAUCCCCAGUUAAAAACAUCAGGGUGAAGUCUGGUGGCCAGCAGCGUUCAGAAGUCACAGAUGAUUUCUCCGGCCUGGGUGCGGAUAAGAUGGCUGAACUUGAAGAUGUUCGUUUUGCCAGGGUCACCGUCAGUGAGUUGAAAGCUCCUGGUCACAGUACUUUAGGAAAACUCUCUGGAAAAGGAAAACCACCUCGCCCUCUUGGCACAAAGAAAUGCUCUUAUAUUGUCGAGGUUCUCUUCCCUCUCGUCUCCACUGGAUGCGAUGAUGUUCAGCUUGUGCCUUCAGAGAUCUCAAAAGCUGUCUCUAGUAAAGUUAUAGAGGGCGCGGUGAUGUUUCAGCACCAAAGUUUGUUUCCGGUGCGGUUUAGUAGAUCAUCUAUUAAACAGUGGAGUAAAAUGAACGUUUCGUUCAAGAUCUACACCAGAAAUAGCUUCCAAAAGAUACCCAUCCUCAUUGGAACAGCAAUGUUUCCUCUGAGCUCCAUCAUGCAAAGUGAGUCGCAUAGCAUCUCGGCCGCUCUACCUGUUCAGAGACCAGAGGGAAACACUGAUAAACAGGGAAUUGGUCCACUCAAGGUGACAUUUGAAUUAGCAUCAGACAAGAAUGGAUUUUCCACCAACAAAAAGCCAGCAAAGAGACCACAAAAAGCUCACCUGGCUGAACAGACUGAUGGUGAGAGGGGUUUGUGUGUGAGGGACCACAGGAGAGACCCAUCUCCUAAUGAAAGAAUUCAUCCAGGCCAGAGUCUUCAGCUUCCUCACUGCAGAUCACGCUCUUCAUCACCUCACGCCAGAUACCAGGCCUCGCCUCAUAGGUCGACCCAGCACGAUGCAGAGGAGCCUGGCGUUUUGCUUCAUACUUUGCUCAUGGUGCCGGAUGGGAAAGAUUUGAACUGCGCACCCUUGCAGCCCAACGUGUACCUAAACUGUAAGUUCUUGGGAUCAGAUGAGGCAGCUCGAUCGGCAGUCAGCUGGGGUCAGAAACAUCCAACAUUCAGCUUUGUUCAGGUGGCUCCUGUCACACUUACCAGCAGAUUGUUAGAGAGAAUGAAGAACAAUAUGAUGGUCAUUGAGGUUUGGUUGAGGGCAAGCAGUUCAGAUCAUGAUAAACUCCUCGGCUUAGUGAAACUACCUCUCCACCAGUUCUACAUGUCCUUCAGGGACCCCAAGAUCUCCGAGUUGCUAUUGCAGUCUCAGUAUCCAGUGGUUGCGGUAGACAGUUACAUGCCUGUAGUUGAUGUGUUUACGGGGAAUACUCAUGGAAACCUCAGGGUUUGUCUGGCGAUGGGUCUGGCACAGCAGAUCGCAGCAUUGCAGCGGAUGCGAGAUGAUGAGCUGGUGCACGUGUCGCCGCUGCCUCGACCUGUCCACAUGUUAGACCAUCGGCCGCACACAGAAACAAAGGCGAGUACUGUUGCGACAGCAAACGUUCUGCGCGAGCACGUCUUCUUGCUCCGAGUGGAGAGAGUGAAGGGACUGACCCCUCUACAAUCCACGGUUUGGGGAGAAGCCGACUGCUACAUCCAAUAUUCCUUCCCUGCACAAAAUGAGUCGGGGGAGGAUAUGGAUCUGAGUGUUGUUGAAAGCAAUGUGGAUCUCAAGGCCUUCCGCACCGAGACCACCCUAUGUGUGCCUGAUCCUGUGUUUGGGCACACUGAGACUCAUGUUCUGCUGGCUCCACCUGAUGUUCCAGUACAGAUAAUACUGCUUAGUUCGCUGGCCAAUCAGGGCUUGAGGAAUGGAGGAGGCGUGCAGUUUGAAGUGUGGUGCAGGUAUUAUUAUCCAAACGUUAGAGAUCAGCUUGUAGCCAGAGGACUUCUGCCCAUGUCCAAACUGUGUGCCAUGGUCACUAUGCAGAAACAGGGUCAAACCGAUACACAGCUCUUCUCCCUCCCUCUGGUACCCAGAACUGACAGAUCAUCUGAUGUGGAGCCUCAGCCAUCAGGGCUUCUUGUAGUGAGCGUUCAAUACAAAUCUCGGCCAAUGAGGAGUGUGGGAUUGAAGGGGGGGGUCGUGCCCUCUCGGAGCGUGAUUCUGGCUGUGCAGGUGCACAGAGCAGCUGGAUUACAAGCUGCUGCAAUGGUUCUCGCGGAUGCAGACAGCUCGCUGCAGUAUUAUGCAGAAGUAGGAGUCAACUCUUUCGUCACCAUGCAGUUGUCAUUCCUGCCGGACAGCGAGGUGCGGAGCACACGUGUAGCUGCCAGAAGUUUCUGUCCAGAGUUUGAGCAUCACACAGAAUUCUGCUGUAACCUGCUGGUGCAGAGAGACAGCGGAGAGAGCGUCAGUCUGGCUGAACUCAUGCAGGAUGCAGUGGCCAUCUUUACCAUUUACAACAGAGACACUCGUAAAAUGAUCAACACAAAAUCUAAGGACACUGUUUUGGGCACUGUGAAAAUAAAGCUUGCAGAUCUCAUUCGUAAAAGGACUGGGAAAUCUGGCUGGUACGGUCUCUCCCCGCCUCGGAAAACAGCAUCAUCCCACAGGCUGACUUCUGCAGGUGGGCUUGAAAUCUCCAUCAAUUUCUCCCACCAUGCAGACAGAGAGCGGGUCAUCACUUCAGCCCGUGGGCUGGGUUGGGAUGUUGGCCAGGACAGUGAUGAUGAGGCCGACACAGAAGAUGAAGAGGCUUUGGAAGAACACACAAAGACUCUAAAUGUAUCCGUUUCCAUGCCUAGAGCGUGGUUACCCUUCCAUUGUCUACUGCUGCCCGGACAUGAAGACUUACAGCGUUCCACAUACUGCUACUACAGAUACAAACUGUACGACCAGCAGACCAUCUGCUCAGAACUCAGACACCCUGUUGUGGAAGAGAGCGAGAUAGAGGUGGGUUUAGCCACAGUGGCGUUUCAGGGGAGCAGGAGUGUGGUUUUAAGGAGAACUAGGCCUCUGCGAUGGUACCUGAGAGAGGAGAGGAUGGAGGUUCAGAUGUGGGUGGCUUUUGGGAAGGAGAAGAGAGUCCGACCUCAUAACGCUGAUCGUCUUGUGGGUUCUGCUUUUGUGGAUCUUUCUGCUCUUGCUAAGACCUCGAAGCACCACCAAACCAUCAGUGGUGUCUAUUCGUUGUUCAAUCGCUCGGCCGUGAACCUGGGUGGUGCUGCUUUGAGAGUCCACAUCACUGCGACGGAAGAUUCUGCUCCACAUGAGUCUCAGGCCGCCCACAGCGAGGAGCUCAACAGCUCAGGAGAGGAUGAAGAGUGUGGAGACCUCCCCACCACAGUGCUGCCUGGAGCAUCUCAAUCCCCCAGCAGACAGCGGAUGAACACGGUCGUAAACUCUGAGCCUCAUCCAGCCACAGAAGUCAACAGUGAAGACACCUUCCUAGCCAACAUUACUGUAGACAGAGCCAUGCGACUGAGUCUGAAGGGUUGUCCUCUUGCUGAGCGGGCUGGAGCUUUACCCAGCUGCUGUGUGUCGUACGCCACUGCCGAUGCCCCUGGCACAGCGACCACAGCGUUAGUCAAAGACUCUGACUGCCCUGUCUGGGACCACCAACAAGAAUGCAGGCUGUCAAAACAGCUUCUUGUGGAUCCACAUCAAUCUUUGGUUUUCAAAGUGUGGCAUAAAGGAGAGGUGGAGCGGGUGAUUGGAUUUGCAUCUGUAGACCUGUCGCCUCUUCUGUCGGGGUUUCAAUCAGUUUGCGGCUGGUACAACAUCAAUGAUUUCAGCGGGCAGUGUCAGGGACAGCUGAAAGUGUCUGUGUCUCCUCUGCGGGCGGUACAGGAGCUCCGAGCCCAGAGACAGCCGGCACAGGAGUCCAGCGCCACACACUCUAGUGUACAUCAGUUUGACGUUUGUCCUCAAAUGAGUAUAGUUUCUGCAGGUUAUAAGAGUGUUUAUUAUCUGUUGCAGGCUCUUUUUAGCGCUCUACCGCUUUGCUAUCAAACUACGGCCACCUACAGCAGCUUCCCGAGCCACAUCAGUCGAUUCUCAGAGCAGAGGAUCAGCACGCCUCCUGGACAUCUUGAAAAACGGCUGUCUGACAGGUCCAGUGUGACGGAUAGGCACGACGAGCACAUGGACAACGUGAGGCUGUUCCAUCAGACUCUGCAUGAGGGUGAGAGAACAUCUAACUCCUCAUUGGCUGGAGACGCCCACUCUUCCAGUUCAGCUGUCUUCUCUGCCCUGAGAAAAAACCUCAGCGAGCUGGAUGAUAUUCAGAGAUACUUCAGUCGAAAGUUGACCACUCCAACAUUCCCAAAGCUGAGUGAAAUGAGAGGAACCUCCAGGCAGGAAGACCUCAGGGAGACAGACACCACAAAACUGCUGUUAAAGUCCAAUCAUCUGGUGGGAGAGGUCAAUAACAUCAUUAAGGGUUUAAGUGAACACCAAACAGAAGAAACAUCAACUCUUCACAUAAACUCAGAUUCACCUGCUGUUGAACAUUUAAGAUCUGACGUUGAUCAGCUGAUAUUAUCAGAGUCUGAGAGCUGCGAGACAGAACUGCACGCUCAUAAAGACGUAAGGUUGGAGAAUGAAGAUGCCUCACCAAUCUGCAGUCCAACGCCUAGAGACACCAGACAGUCAUCCAUUCUUCCUGAAGAUGCCCAACCACACCACAGCUUCAACGAAAACCCUUCCGAUGAAGAUGGAGAUGAAGAUAAAUUCGAAGAUCAAGAGGAAGACUUUGAGGAGACUUUAAUACAGCCACGAACGCUAAAUGAGGUCACCUCAGUCACAGACAGAACCAGCCCGUGGACCAGCCUUCUGUCUGACCCAGAUAUGGGAUCCCUGGAGAGUCUGGAGUUGGUGGAACAUCACACUCAAAGCAACCCCUACCACGCUCAAGAUGAAGUGACGAACAGAAGAAAGCUCUCACCAGAGGUUAACCCACAGUCAUUGACAGCACAAUCGCAGGAAAUCGACUCUGGUUCAGACGACGAUGGACGAUCAGAAGCUGGGAGUGAUCUUGAUACAUGUAGAAGUGAAGUUCACAGGGAGAAGCAUCAAUCUCCAGAUGGUCUGGAUAGAGUCUGUUCUCUCUCCAGUAUUAGUGAAGUGGAGGGUUGUAACAUAAGUAACAGUGAGACUGAAGAAAGUGAAGAUAGACCGAAUGUACCUUCUGCCACAGAGUCUGAUGCAGAACCGGAUGAUGAAAGUGACGAGAGGACACCAAAACGUUCAGAGCCUGCAGAGAUUCCAAAUUUCUUCCUGCCGACCCACCAUCUGGAGGCAUCCAUGAGAGCUUUAAGGAUGGCACCUGUGUUUCCUUCAACUGCAGUUGAGUCUGAGACUGCAAAUCAAUCUAAUGCAUUUCGAAGAAUGAUGCGAUCAAGACCCAACAUCCCUCCAUCACAGAGGAGUGAAGAGACCAGAAGAAUCGCUAAAAUAUUUGUUUCAAAGUUUACAGAAGGACAUUAGAGAGUAUUAUGCAAAACUGUGUGUGUGUGCGUUUUAUUCUAUUUUUAUCUGUGGUGUAUGUGCAUUAUUUGUUAUUAAUUUAUUAAUUUGUUAUAUGACACAAUGUGGUACAUACUGGGAUUUUUUCCGGAAUUUUUAAUUAUGUAAGCAUUAGAAAAGUUGUUUAUGUACAAUAAUCAACUAUUUUGUAAUAAAGCAUUUUGUAUUGUAUCCACGGGUAAUGUGGCAACACUCAAUGUGAAGUUAUACUGUUUAUAAAUGUUAUCCGCUGUCUGUCAAAUUGAGCUGCCCAAAGGGCUUUAAACAUUUGGCUGACAGAUGAGAAAAUUGCCCAAUUUGAGCUGUGACAGACAAUGGCACAUACUGACAGUGAUGUAACCAAAGUAUUAUCCAGACACAAAAGAAGCCAACAGGCAGACAAAAGCUCUCCUUUAGCCUCUCUCUGCCUGUUUAAUGAGCUCUAAUUAGAGAGAUGAGUCUGAUCAAGGACCUGGACCCCCAGCGGACCCUCUAGAAAUACUCAGAAAAGAAGUAAGUCUACUAACCAGCCAACUGUAUAGAUACCAUUAAUUUAAUGUUAUGGUAUUGUUUCAAUGUGUUAAUGUAUAUUUGUACAUGCACAAAAUACAAAACGAGUUUGAUGUUAGAUCCAAAUAAAGCUUAUAUAUAGCCAUAACCAUAGAACAACCUUAAUAUCACAUCUCCGGAGCAGCUGUAAAGAUAAUCUAGAUCAAUUCAAUUUGAUUUAUAUAGCUCUUUUCACAAUGUGCAUUGUUCCAAAGCAGCUUUACAGGAGAAAAUAAGAAAAACUGAAAAACACAGAAAAGGUAAAACACAGCACAGUGCAUGGUGUUUAUAGAACAAGCAAGAUUAUUCUAGUAAAUAAUAUCUAAUAAAUGCAGUCUCCCGGUGGUUUAUUUAGCACAUUUAUCAUUAAGUGAAUGCUUGGCUGAAAAGAUGUCUUUAAUCUAGAUUUAUCACCACUAAAUGUUUACUUUGAAGUCUUGGGCUUGUAAAUCUCAAGUGGCUGUAAAUGAAAAUGUCUUUGUGGCCAUUUAUGACUCUCUCUGCACUUACAAUGACCUUGUUUAUGAAGCAGUUCAUUGUGGGACAUCAAACAGGAAUCAACACAGCCAUGCUGCUGGAGAGGAGUCAGAUAUGAUGUCUGUAAAUGAAGAUCGGGCAGAAAGAUAACAGGAGAGAUGCCACUGCAAAUAGUGAUAUUGGUUGGUGUUUGCAGGACGGUUAGAUAAUGUCCAAUAUCUUUUUCGUAAAUCUGUGUUUGUCUGAUGAGAUUCUGGAUCUUCUCAACCUGAACCAGACGUGUGUGGUAUAAUUUUCGUGUGUUUUGAAGUGAUUCAACAAAAUCAGUCGGCAGCAGUUUUCCCUCU